UCGAAAAACACCAAUGAAAAUACUAAAAAAAUACAAAUCCACUAACACCACGUUUAAUCGGUACGUUAAAUUUGGUCUAAAAUCAUUUUAAAAAAUUCGAUCACGGAAUCUUGGCUCUGCGGUUGAGCUGCUCAGUAUUUUUGGCUGCUAUCCAUCGUUGGUAAUAUAGAAAAUUUGGAGAGAAUUGAUUUUUCUCAUAACAAUAUAAUUUCUAAUUCAAAUGGAUAUUUGCUUCCAAGUUACCGUUUGAAUUUAACGAUUCGGGUGUAAUUUUCGUACAAAAUUAAUAACGAAUAAACCGAUCGACACGCAUAGACGUUUGUUUGUGAAAUAUCUGAAAAAAUCUUAGGAAUAACAAAAAGAUCUAGAUCGAUCGAAAUAUUUCAGUGGGAAUUUGUCAAGGAAAUUAGUUCGUUCGACGAACCCAAGUGCCAGCCCUUUUCAUACUUCUCUGCUGUAUCCGUUGUAAGAGGGCACUUGUAUAUAGUACGAAAUUAUUAAGUCAAUUGACAAAGUGAAGGACCGGUGAUCUCAACGUCUCGGUUCAGUCAGUCGGUAUAAUGACGUUGCUGAGCGUGUAUCUGGCUGCGUUUAUGUUCUGUUUGCAUGGAGGUAUCAUCGGAUUUGCUUCAGAGGAUAAGGCCAAUGGUACAGACGUGACGAGAAUCGAAGGUUGCGACUCGUGUGGACUAUACAGGUGUCCGGAGAACACGAGCAAAUGUCUCCUGGGAUCGGUACCGGACUCCUGCGAGUGUUGUCCAGGUGGUCUGUGUGCUAAACUCGAUGGGGAGGCGUGCUGGAAUUCGAGCAUUGCGCGAUUACCCUUGAAAACUCGUUCCGAGGGUUAUUGCGCACGGAAUUAUCUUUGCCAAUUACGGACAGAUUUGCAAGACGAGGACGAGCCCGAGGCGGUCUGCGUUUGCAUGGAACAAAGCUCUGCUUGUGGCAACGAUAACGAGACUUACGCGACGCCCUGUGCCCUUCACGAAGAAGCCAUGAGACAGAGAAAUUCCUCCCUCAAGCUUCGCCACCUUGGGCCGUGCGUAAGUCGACCCUGGAUCGUAACGCCUCUUGAGGACGUCGUCACAGAUUCCGGUCAACGAGUUGUGUUGCACUGCGAGACCAAGGGCUUUCCAUUGCCGGAUGUUAUCUGGGAAUUUCACUCGUCGAACGGUCACCGAGUUUUAAAAUUGCCAAACAAGGAACACGAGGCGACGGUUCAAACGAGCGAAGGCCCCGAAGCUCUGAUGCGCACUUCCUGGCUGCAAUUGGCAAAAUUCUCGGAGAACCAUGUUGGAACGUAUCAUUGCAUCACCAAUAAUACGAUCGGCGAUUCGAGUACAGCUGCAUUCGUUUCUCUCGGAUAGCAGCAGCAUAUGAAGUUCCAUAAACUUUCAUUAAUCCAGAGAUUGAUCCAGCUACGAAUACGAGACGAGAUUUUUUGAUCUAUUUACGUUUUUAUACUAAUUUGUUCAUUCAGGCUCAAUCGUUGGCUCAAUUAUAUUCUUGAUUGUUAUAAGGUAGUUCAACGAUUUCGACGGUGAAGAAAGAGCCCGACAGAAAAAUUAUACGCGUGUUGGAAAGGCUUUCCAGCGAUUGUUUGCAUCCACUAAUUGUGGGCUAAGGGAUAUGAACAGUGAAAACGUUGGAAUUUUAGGUGUUUUUUUUGUUCAUUUUAUGAAUAAAAAUUGGUUGGAUGGAUUUACAUAAAACUCUGUACACAUCUUUUACGUACUCAGAAGCACUGAAAAAAUUAAAAAAAAAAUUUUUUUCAUAGUAUUUUUUUGUACAAUGGUGUGUUGAAAAUGGCAUCCCUUGAAUCAGCGUUGACAGCCAAUCUCAAAAAUGCGACAUCUCGGGACAAAAAUCCAAAAAGAUUCUUAAAAUAUAUGGUUUUAGCUAUCGCAUGAUGUAGGGGAUUUUCAAAAUAUUGUUUAGAAACAAAAAUGGCGAACAUUUGAA